CGGGGCCGUUACCUGCGGGCUGGGAGGGGGUGGUGUCCGUUGCCCCGCUCCCCGGCCUCAUCCUGCCCUCUGUGGUGAGGGGAUCCCGUUAACCCUCGUUAGAAACCCGGAUGUCUUGAUGGGAAACUCCGAAUGAUUGUCUCCGGCACAGCAAGGGCUUCAGAUGGGGCCGCCUCUUCCCUUCCCUUCUCUUUCCCCCGCCUUUUGAGCCCUGUAUACAAUGAAAUCAAGUUUUUCAGAUGCACAUUUUGCCCUCCUGCAUCCCUGCUCCUUUAUUUAGGCUUACUGGUCGUGGGAAAAAGCGGAAUGGUUUUAAUCUGUUUAUUCCCUGUCUGUGAAUGAAAAAGGAGGUUUUGCUGCUCCUCAGCCUUAGAGGGGAAGGGAUUUGUUGGGUGACAGAUCUCGUUGCUCCCCCCUUGGGCUGUGGUGUUUUGCUUUGACAGUAGGACGCUUAAACUCCCCACUGGUGCAUCCUCAGCAAGUUCCUGAGCAGGAGCUUUGAGCUGCCUUUGGGAAUCCUCCGUGUUCCUUUGGACAUCAUCCAUGCUUCGUUACUCAUGGAGAGAGCGGGUGAUGCCACAAGGAGGUUUUCCAAGUGGACGUAUGAGUAGGAAUCUGAUUUUCUGGGAGCCCCACGUUAAAUUUCUCAUUCCCAGGUCAAAACGACUUCAGGAAUGCUCCUUAGAGGCGUCAUUUUGAGAGUGGUGUUCAAAGCGCACUGCAGUCAGCUCUUCACAGGAGCUGUUUGUCUUCAUUACUAAUUCAAAUUGCCACUGUGUGUUUUGGAUGAUGGUGGUGCCUGGAAAUGUGCCGGUCAUACAGCAGGAUCAUGCUUUCGAGCCAGCCUUAGGACGAGACUCCAUGGAGAACUCAGCCAUGGGCCCUGCCACGGCACCGGCACCCCAGGAGGUGGGUGCGGAGCUGGCGGAGGUGCGGAAGCUGAGGGAGCUGGUGAGGAGGCUGGAGAUAGAGAACCAGCACCCCAGGACCAAGAGCAGCAGGAGUGUGCUUGGGACAGUGCAGAGUGAGCUCCAUACUGUUGUGGAUAACCAUGGCUCUGGUCUUAAUGGGAUGGAGAUUAAUAACAGCAUCAAUGCCAUCACCGAGAAGCAGGAAUUGCAAAUCAUGGCGGAUCUGCGCAGCCAACUAAGCAAGAUAAGGAAAGAGGCAGGAGAUAACAACUGCUUCACAAAAGAUAUAGAUGCCCAAAUGCAGUAUAGUAGCAGCAGUGCCACUGAGGAAUUGUCUUCCAGCGUGUGUAAGGUGGAAGUGAAGGAUGAUGGUGACAUGAGGUGUUCCUCACGUACAGCCACGAGUGAUAGUACAGAGCUGAUGGGAAACGUGGUCCUUGCUGGUAUUGAUUCCUCAGUUAAAACAAACGAACAAAAUCCCAGUCAGAAAUGCAGAGAAUCAGAAAGUCUGUCCAAUGACAUGGAUCUGGAUGAAGUCAAAGUGUUAGAACUUGAAAACUGCAACGAAGAAGAAGACUGCUGGCUCUACGUAUCCCCGAGGAAAUCUGUGGAUCAGAAAACAGCCUCACCUUUAAAAUGGUGCCGGCAGGUGCUGGAUAACCCCAGCCCCGAGACAGAGGUGGCCUGUCGGACUCUGCUGAGCAGACUUGAUCAAGCCAGUAGAUGGAAAAACCUGUAUUGCAGUCCGCUGGCAUCACCAAGCACCCAUAAUCUGAAUACAGAGCCAGGCUCCUGUAGCAAUGCACUAAACUCUCCCGGGCAUCUCAAAUCGACUAACAAAGCACUACUAACCUGUGGCAGCUCAGGUUAUCUGAGCAUGCACUCUGCACUGAGCUCUCAGUCAUCUGUGGACAGCGAGCUGAGUACAUCUGAUGACUCCAUCUCUAUGGGAUAUAAACUGCAGGACUUGACUGAUGUCCAGGUCAUGGCACGCCUUCAGGAAGAAAGCCUCCGUCAGGAUUGUGCCUCCAGCUCUGCAUCUGUGUCCCGGCGCAGCUCCAGCGCCUCCCUUCACUCCCUGCGCAGAGGGACCUACAGCGACCAGGAGUUCGACACGUACAGCCUGGAGGAUGAGGAUGACUACGACUGCUCCCUGUCGUACCGCAGCGCGCACAGAUACUCACCCUCUCCGCUCAGUUCACCCCGAUGUCAGUCCCCUUCCUCCAGUGCAGAUUACAGCAGGUCAUCCACAUCCCGGAUCCGUCCCCCAAGGAGAUCUGUGCAAAGUCCCAUGCAGGACCGGCUCAAGUAUGCCAACAGUGAGGAGGAGAUGAGGCACAGCAUGCCCAACCUGGCCAGGACCAGCCUCCGCUCCUUGGAGUCUGUAAGGAGCAGUCGGAGCUUGGAGUCAGAUCUGCAGGUGCCAAGCAGCCGAAUUCCCAGAACCCAGCAGCGGUCAGCAGGUCUGGCUCCCAGUAAGCUCAGGUAUUCCUCCAGUGCUGGGCAGUCUCCCUUGACAGUGCGACAGCCGAUGAAGGCAGGGUCAUGCACAAACUCUCUCCUCACACCCAGGCAGCCAGUGAAAGCCUGCAGUUACACAGGCCCUGUCAGUGGAGUUCGAAAGCCACAGGCAUCUUCACAGCUCCACGCAGGCUCUUCCAGCAGCACUUGCACUACCAGAAGCAGCAACAUGGUCACUGUGGCAAAAAACUCCCCCAUCAAAGCCCGCACGUCUGUUGGGGGGAUCUCGGUGCCCAAGAACAAGCCAACACCGCCAUCCAGGAGGUUUCUACAGUCAGCACAGACCACAGAGGACGAUUCCUGGAAGGAUGGGUGCUACUGACAACCCAACACCCCUGUGAAGCAGACCCCAGCUGGCUGGGCAUGCAAUGGAACUCCAGAGACCCAUCACAUUGCAGACUGAUGUAUAUAGCUCCCCUCCUCUUGACACAGACUGUCCUCACCCUGUCACCUGCCGAGAGCCCGACCUCACAGCAGCAGAACAGACAACUCCUUUGCUGUGUUCCCACUGCUGUAAACGUUAACUGCAACACAAGUCUUCACAGGAAGACUGCAAAUAGCCUUAUCUCCUUCAAACCUCCACUGCAGCCCUUGGGAAGGUUUGUCACAGCAGCACUCUGGGACCUGCUCUGGAGGGUGCUGGCUUCAGCAGGCUGCUGGGGUCCGGGGCGCAGCUUGGAGCUGUCGCUGUGUUGUUCCACAGCAUCAGCAGCAGCUCGGGGAGACUAGAACUAGGUAUAGAGAUGUUAGAAGUGACUUUCCAAACUCAGCCUCGUGUUCUCGACUCUGUCUGAAACUCACGUUUUUUGGUUCGAUUUUUUGGUUUUUACUUCUGUAUAGAAUGUGUUCCUGCUCCUUUUUAUUGUUUGUUCUAGAAGACAAAGCAGGGUUUUAUAACUGUAGUAACACUUCAAGCUGUUGUGGUCAACGUGCGUCACCGUUCACAAGUGAAGGAGCAGUACACAAUAUUUGUGUGGGUUUGUGAACAGGCAGUUGCAGGGACAGAGGCUGCUCUUUAAAACCUGCUGUUCAGCAGCAUCUGAACUCAGAUGAAAAGUUGACUACCAGUUAAAAGUGAACUUCUUAACAAUAACCCUCCCUGCCUGAUCUGAAUGGAAGUGUUUCCUCUUCCACCCAGCUCCCACCUGCCCUGGGUUUUGUAGCAGUUUUCUACUGUCUCUUUGGUUAUGAAGGAUUCUGUUCCAGUGUCUUCUUCCUCAGCAAGUGCUGGAUGCUCUGAAUGCAGUCUUAGUACAGGAAACAUGCACUGAUAGCAAUGUUCUCCCUGCCAUCAAUGUGAUUUUGAUAGUGUAGUUUAAUAAAACGUUAUGGUGCUGAAAUAGAUCUGUUUUAUUCAAACUGA